CAUGCAGAGAGCCGGGAUAAGGAGCGCUACCACUUCUUCCACUUCCAUCCUUCCACCUUCCUCCACUUUCCUCCUCCUUUUCCACCUCGUGCUCCCGUUCUUCCCCUACCCUCUCACCAUCAACACCAACACCGAGAACAAGUCACAACUACUAUCAUGAAGAAGAAAGAUCUUGGAAGGUUCCUCGUUGGAAUGAGGGAGGCUCCCUGCACACCUACGACAGCCGGUGGUCGCAUCCGUGAGUCGGCACGGUAGGGAGAUGUCUUCCGAUCCUCCUCCAACCAGAAUAAGCAAGAGACAACGCCGCCGCCGCCGCCACUGCCGCCGCCGAAGAAUACGAAGACGAAGACGACGAAGACGACGACGACGACGACGAGCACGAUCACGACCAGGAUCACGAAGGAAGAAUAGGAAGAAGAAGAGGAAGAGGAAGAAGAAAAAGAAGAAGAAGAGGAGGAAGAUGUAGAAGAGGAAGAAGAAGAAGAGAAGAAGAAGAAGAAGAAGAAGAAGAAGAAGAAGAAGAAGAAGAAGAAGAGGACGUCCAGGACGAAGACAACGAGUACGACUUGCCGGGGACCUUUGGCGGUUACACACCGCGUCCUACCGUCCUCCGGUGUGCCUACCUAUUCGGGCUACCAGCAAUCCCGCCGACCAAACGGAGCUUCAGUCGACGCCGCGCAUCCAAACGGUCCAGACCUGUCAGCCCGGAAGAUAGCCGCGCACUAUCCCGAACACUUCUCUUAGACAACUAUCCUAUAUAUAUAUCUACAAUUAGAUACUAUUAAGUCUUUCAUUUUCUCAUCAAACUUUUAUCAACUUUUAAUUAUUUCCUAUUGCUUACUCGUGAAUCAUCGAGUAUACGUUUACGUCCCUGCAUACUCGCGAGUUUUUUUCGCGCUUUUUCCUUGGAACACAGAAUAGAGGGAGGGAGGGAGAGAAAAAGAGAGAGAGAGAGAAAGAGAGAGAGAGAGAGAGAGAGAGAAAGAGAGAGAAAGAGAGAGAGAAAGAGAGAGAGAGAAAUAGAACGUGUUCGCAAGGAAGAAGAAAAUCUGAACCUCUUGAAGAAUCCUCUGGAUCGGUAGUAGCGUAGCUUGCUCAUCGAAGACAACGAAGAGGAAGAAGAAGAAGAAGAAGAAGAAGAAGAGGAAGAGGAGACCGAGAACGAGAACGACGAGGACGACGAGGACGAAGUCGACGACGACGACGACGAGGACAACGAAUCCUUCGGGUCCGGGUAUAAGCAGUGAUCUCACUCGUGGUAAUCGCACGCAGCCGGUCUCGAGAGGCUGCCUAGCUGUGCGGGAGGCAGAAAAGAAGAGAGAAAGAGAGAUCUUGCAGAACUUGUAGAGAAGAGAGGGAGAGAGAGAGCAAGAGAGAGAGAGAGAGAGAGAGAGAGAGAGAGAGAGAAGGAAGGAAGGUAUACGUCGUCGUCUCUUGUGGAGAAGUGGUGGAAGGACUCUCGAGGCGUUAGUCAGAGAGCGUGAGGAGGGAAAAGGAGACAGUGGGAGAGAUCUUGGCUCGAGAGGGAGAGAGAACGAAAGAGAGAAAGAAAAAGAGAGAAAGAGAGAGAGUGAGCGAGCGAACGAACGAGCGAGUGAGAGAGAGAGAGAGAGAGAGAGAGAGAGAAAGAGUUAGCGAGGGAACGAGCGAGAAGGAGAGAGAAAGAGAGAGAGAGAGGGUCGAGACCAAGAGAAGGAGCGGUGGGAAUUUAUAAGGAUGUUCGCGAUAAUGCCGAUGGAGACAGAGGGGCACGGCAGGGAGUUCGGCCGGCGGCAGAAGAUGCGCGCCAAGUGCACCGUAGAGUUCGUCUGCAAGUACUGCCAGCGGCGCUUCACCAAACCGUACAAUCUAAUGAUUCACGAGCGUAGUCACAAGGACGAUGUGACCUUCACCUGCGAGGUCUGCGGAAAGUCCUUCAAACGGCAGGAUAAUCUCAAGCAGCACAGAUGUGGGUGGCGGUGAGCGGGAGCUCUGAACCUCCUGCACCUUGACACAUACACAAUGCACACAAGAACAAUAUCAACAAUAUCAACAAGAACAAUAUCGACAACAACUAUAACUACAAUAUCAACAUCAACAACAAAAUUACAACCACGCACUCUUCUUUGAUCACCCGCACUCUUUCCGGGCACGAUGAAAGCGCAAGCAACUUUUUACCGCCCCCACGACAUAUCCAGCAUGUGCUAUAUCUUAUUCUUCUAUUUUGAUAUACCUUUAUCUUUAUCUUCUUUAUUUCCUUUACAAUAUUCUCCUUCUUUUUCCUUCUUGCAUACCUAUAUUAAGCUUUCGUAUCGUUAUUUUAUUCGUCAAUUUAUUAUCGAAUCGUCUACGUAUCUUCUCAUUUUUUUUUCUUUUCUUUCUUCCUUCUUUCCUUCCUUUAUUAUUCCCCUUCUUCAAUUUUCCUUCCUUUCGUUUAUAUCUACUAACACGGCGCGAAUAUUCGAUCGGUAUGAUCGAUAACGUUAGGAAGAGAAAGAAAGUAAUUUGAGGAAGCAAAAAAUGUUUCCUUCGAGAAUACUUUCCUCAUCUUCCGAUUUCGACGAUCUCUGUUCCAGGAGCAUACACUCUGUUCCCUACAAGGGCUCCAACGGCUACUCAAAUGGCUGUUCAAAUGGCUACUCUAGGUACUAGAAGCCAUCCGGCCAACUCUGCUAUAUAUACGUAACAAAUUAAGCAUCCUUAAAAUUUGCCCUCACUUUUUUGUUUUUUUGCUUUUUCUUUUUUUCUCUCUAGCGCGUAAGAGACACACCAAGACCUCUUAACAAGACAUACCAAAUGCAAUUUCUUUUAAAAACAUCAUAUCAUUCUUGUUAAUCGUCAAACCCGUUUUAAGUAAACUAUUUUCGAACAAAAAUUUUUUCCCCUCCUCUUGUUUUUUUUCUUUCUUUCUUUUUUUUUCUCUUUCUCUCUCCCUCUUUUUCUCUUUUUCUUUUUUCUUUUUAUCUUGACGAACCGUCUAUGCAUCGUUCUUUCUUGUUCCUCAGCUCCAUCCAUCCCGCGCUUCUUUGAUCGUUCUCGUUUCUUCCUCUCUCGUGUUUCCCUUUCAUUUCUUGAGCUUAGACAUCCAGACCUAGGCACAUCAUCAAAAGAAGCUUUCGAUGCCACCAAUAAACCAGACGACAAACCAGACUUUCCUCUGACACUCGACGAACACAACCUUUAAUGAAAAAAGUCGUUGAUCGAAUACGGCCUUUUUAAUCUGUCCAUCAACGGGUGUCCUCGUCGAGAAAAAGAAGAAAUCGAUAUCGAACAAGAUCGAUAUGCCUUCGGUGGUCGUCGGGCCGCUGUUCGAAAGAUGAAUUCAUUAGCGGGCCGGCCAUUUGUCAAAGACAAAGCCGACCCAGCCGGUGAAUAGGUUUUAACGACGAGACGAAAUCAUUGGGAGAAGAGAGAGAGAGAGAGAGAGAGAGAGAGAGAGAGAGAGAGAAAGAGAAGGGAGGGUACAGCGACACGAUGGAAAGGACUACCUUCCAACGCUAAUAACAAUC